AUGGGCGAGAAGACCGAGGCCCCUGGCGCUUCUCCUCCGCAGCGCAGACGAUGUCGCCUGCCCUUGAUGCUAAAGCUGUUGCUUGGUGCAAUUGGCGCAGGAGUCUUGAUGCUGUUAUUGGAUCUGAGCAUGAUCAACGAGAGCAGCAUCGUGCCGGUGGAGUAUCUGAACGCCGAGAUGGACGAGGGGGCCGACUUUUAUCCGGAUGAAAUCCUCGAGUCCAAAUUGGGAGACGACGUUAGGAUCAGCUGA